AUGAAUUUCACAUUCUACUUGGAUACUCCUGCCUUCCAAUCACUUGCUCUCCAUCUCAUGCUUGGUAUAGAAAUUCCUGUUCACAUGUUUGGAGCAUUCUGUAUCUUAUUCCGGACUCCAGUAUCAAUGAGAUCCGUGAAAUGGGGAAUGCUAAACCUUCAUAUUUGGAGUAUGGGAUUGGAUCUCGGCGUCAGUUUAUUGACGAUUCCUUAUAUUUUGUAUCCAGCGUUGGCAGGAUUCACGUUGGGAGUUUUGAAUGAUUUUAAUGUUCCAUUGUCAUAUCAAGCGUAUCUUCUAGCUGUUUUGAUUGGACUGCUCGGAGUAUCCAUCGUCACCAUUCUGGAGAAUCGGUACUUCGUAAUGUUCGUGCAAGAUCAUUGGUGGCGUCAUUUCCGCAUACCGUUUUUGAUUUUCAACUACAUUUUUGCAUUAGUGUACUUUCUACCAGCGUAUUACUAUAUUCCGGAGCAGACUUCGGCGUUGAAAGAAGUUUUCGAGAUGCUCCCAGAACUUCCGCAAGACAUCUACAACGCUCAUGUAUUUGUUCUUGCAACUGAUUUCCGUUAUGUAGUGUUUCCGGUCUUUGUGAUGUCAAGUCUACUGGUUAUGGAAUCUGGAUGCUUUAUUAUUUUGAUCUACACGGAAGUUUCUACGAGCCUUGAAUAUCCAAACAUGUAUUCCGUUAUUCAUACUGAUGCUUCCGAUGGGUUAUCUGGUGGCUUCUCGAAAUUUUAA